CGCACGUGAUGUUACGAUGAGGACACUAAUCCUGAUAUACUUCGUGUCGUUGGUUCAGUGCGAGUUCAAAAGUGACGUGAAACAUAUACGACACGCUCGGACGUUGAUCAGACACGGCAGGUCCAGAGUGCACCUCACGAGGCUCCACGCCAAGGGGAGGGAUCCUCUACCCCAGGUCAUCGACGCCGAGAGGAGCAGUGAGUUAGAAAGUAUCGAUAAAUCUGGUGAGGAUCCAGUAGUUUCAAUAGUAAAUAGACCAUACGGAAAUCCAGAUGCAAAUACAGAUAAAGAAACUGAAUCGAUAUUACAAUAUCUCGGUAACAUCUCCAAAGACCUUAUCUCCAGAAACGUGACGGAUCCAGAUGACGUCUCAUUAGUCGAUCAUUUCUAUAAUCUGAAACAAAGUUAUGAGAACGACACUCAGUUGUCGUUAGAUGAAACGAGUGUGGAUAAUGUUUUCAAGGACAAUAAUAGCAAUGAUUCAAGUUUAAAUUCGAACAACACCGUUUUAAGAACAAACAUUCAGGAAGAUGUUGUUACAAAAUUUCUAAGAUUAAUAGAAACUCAACAUUUAUUGGGUGAGAAUUGUACAGCAGGCACUCAUUUGAAUUUAGGUGAAGGGGUUGUUGAUAGAUACGCUCAGGAAAGAUUCAGAAUAGAAGCGGAUGUGGCCGUUAAUAGAGCUAACAUGUUGACGAGGUUGUGGAAAUACAGCGGAAGAGAUGUCAUGCAUCAUGAAUAUCUCUUGCACGCUGUAGUUGUUUCAAUGGUCGAGUUUAAUAAAGACAUAUUCGCUGCUGGCAACUGUUACGACCAAAACCAAUAUAAAGAAUACCAAUUGUUCUGUCCAUUCGCCUAUCGAUUACCAGAUGGACCAAUACUAGCAAAAGAUUUGGCCGUCGAAUACAAAUAUUUGAGCAAUACGUCGGAGUGGUUUUAUAUCGCUCGAAAGAAUGCUGAACGUGUUAUACGAAACAAUAACCAAUUCUUACGAGGUUACAACACAUACACAUACAACGACACAGCGCACACAGAACGACAGCUGGAUGAGAUACUGUCGGUGGUGUACGAGGAUGGGAAGUGGUCCAAGCCGUACUACGACUGUGGCGGGGGUAACAUCUGGAUGCUCACCUACACUGUACCUUUCUUUGGUUACAAUAAUGGAACUUAUUUUUUCAAGGGUACGAGCGGUAUAGACAUUGAUCUGCGGCGGGUUGACAUCGACCAGUGUCCUUUGCAGCCGGGCUCCACUCAACUUAAUAUCUUUGCUGGUACUGACAAAUGUAAGAAGACAACUACAGAGUGUAAUCCUGUGCCUGGUCUGGGAUUUCGCCGUGGCUCGUACCGCUGUAUUUGCAAACGCGGUUUCUACUUUCCCAACACCACAUCUGAAAAUCGCUUUUACAAUGGCAGUGACAUCGAAGAGGAAUACGAAAAGUAUCUAUCUGAUCAACCAAGUCUUUACUCGUCUGAGCUCGCCUUCGAGUGCCUUCCGUGUGCUGAAGGCUGCGAGUCCUGUGUAGACGACUCUCCUUGCGUGGCCGCCCUCAACUGGGCAAUAAGGACUACUAUACUAGUGCUCGCCUGUCUCGUCCUAUCUUGUCUUCCAUUCAUCGUGUACUUCACUAUCAAAUAUGGACAUGUGAGAGUGGUUCGUGCGGCCAGUCCAGCCUUACUUCGCAUGAUCGUGCUAGGAGCAGCGCUGAUAUACUGCACGACCCUGGUGAUGUACGGGCGACCGACUCGUUUCACUUGUACUGCAAGAGUGUGGCUUAGAGAGGUCGGGUUCUGUUUGACAUAUGGUGCCUUGAUGCUCAAAACUUGGAGAAUCUCAGUGAUAUUUCAAGUAAGAUCAGCCAGAGCGGUGAAGAUAUCUGACAUGUACUUGCUCCGCCGCAUAGGAGUGAUCGUGGGCGCGGCGUGCGUGUUACUUUCUAUCCGAACACUAGUAGCGCCUCCCGCCGUCAUCGUCGGACGAACCAAAGAUGAUCUGAAAGCAUAUCUAUGUGAUACAGACUGGUGGGACCACUCGUUUACAACGCUGGAGGUGAUCUUCCUGAUGUGGGGUAUUCGAUUAUGCAUCAUGGUGCGGAAAGCGCCAUCAGAAUUCAAUGAGAGUCGGUUCAUAUCCAUGGCCAUCUACAAUGAAUUCCUUCUCUCACUCUUCCUUAAUAUUUCAAUGUUGUUCCUCAAAUCGCCGGCUAACCCUGAUCUUUUGUACAUAAUAUUCUUCUGCCACACGCAGUUAACCGUAACUCUGCUUCUAUGUUUUAUUUUUGGGAGUAAGAAAAGUGAUACUUAUGUUGAAUUAGAACGUACAGCUAGAUAUUUCUUGCAGGCCUAUAUGGUGUUCCGCGGUCACGGUAAAGAUGAGCGAGAGAAGACUGGCAAGUUCAGGUCGAGACCAGCAGAGUCCACUUACAUCAUGACCACUAACAGAACAACCCGCUUCUGUGAUAACAUGACAGAAAAUGAUGUUGAGGAGGAGUUUAAAAAAGUAUGUAGUCAACUUGAAAAACUUAGAGAAAGGUGUGACACACAUAACCACAUCAGAAACGUUAUUACUGAUAUGCUGGAAACAGCGAGUAAAUAUGAACGUAAGCCGGUACCGACGGAUCCUGCUCCUCUCAAACUUAAUACAGUAUUUAGUGCUGUAGCUGGAAGACUUAUGUGUGCAGUCACACCUGGAGAAGAAUCCAGUAGUAGUGGCAGAGAUUUGCCAUUUGAGGCACCACCAAGUUUCAGGCAGAAAAAUUUCACACCUCCAAAAAGCACAGAUAACAGCAACGCAGAACAGAGUCAUACGGACAUAACAACGGAUUCUCCGAAGAAAAGAUUGGAUACAGCUGAUGAGACUAAUGAAGAGAAACCAAACGGUGUCUUCAAAAUUUCUGGUGAGGCUGCAUGUAGUGAUAUUCGUCCGCCCGACGUAGCUAGUAGAAAUGGUAUUGAGAGGAGUGAAAAAAGUGAGCUUAAAUCUAGUCCAAGUAGUACGGAGACUAUCCGCGGUGUAAAGUCAGGUCACACAAGGACUCACGCUAUAAUAAUUAAUUUAGACGAUAAGAGUCGUUUUACCGAAGAAGUGACAGUUUAAAUCACUAACGGAGACUAUAUUUUCAUUCUUUAAAUAGUGGAUAUAAAGUUUUAGGUAAUUAAAAUUGUCAAGGUUACUAUUUCCUUCUUUGAUAGAGAGAUGGAUGGCUUUUAAAAAUGUUACGUUUUACUUGUUUCGUGAUAAUUCUAGUCUAUACUGUGAUUCAUAGUUUAAUAAUAUUAAUAAUUUUAAGAAUUCAAUACUUUUACAAUGCAUAUCAAAUAUAACUUCCUUCUGUGUAAAUGGAUGUUAGGAGUGUAAAUAUAAAAUACAAAAUUAAUAAUUUUAUUUUGCCUUCAAACUCAAUGCAUUUCCAGUUUAACAGUUUACGCUAACAAUACUCUAAAGUAAGAAAAAAUAUUUCUAGAACCAACCGUGAUAAUUAAGGAAAUCAUUUACAUUUUUCUGCUAAAACGAAUCGCCUAUUUGAAAGCUAUUAUUUUUAAUAGCAAACUUUGAUUUUACUUCAUUCUGUGUUGAAGAAUGUUAAAUGUGUAUUUUAAUAGUAGAAAAGUAAAUUGUAAUUGCUCCCAAACACGAACUCGGCCACAAGAAUAAGACAGUGUUCUUAUUUUGCUGCAUAAUGAGGAUAGUCUAAGAGUUUCAAAUAAUAUUUCUUGCCGAGAAAAGAAAUUAAUUUGCAAUAAA